GGCGGGUUGACGAAUGGGGGAGAGGGUCUGGAAUUUUCGAGAAGAGCCAAGUCGAGGAGGACGAGUAGUUAGGUUACUUCAUACAACGUGCUCGCCGAGUCGCCGGUCGAUGCUCUAUCGUUUCUCUGAUAAAUCGUAGAUUCAUCAAUUAACAGAGAUGGCAGCCGCAGUCGCCAAGAGGGUUAUUCCAUUGUUGGACAGGGUGCUGAUUCAGAGAGCAGAGGCUAUUGGCAAAACCAAAGGGGGAAUUAUCAUCCCUGAAAAGGCUCAGGCCAAAGUACUCAGGGGAACAGUCGUUGCUGUUGGACCUGGCUCCAGAAAUGAGAGCGGACAGCAUGUGCCCCUCACCAUAAAAGUAGGAGACACUGUCCUCCUCCCCGAGUACGGUGGCACCAAGGUCAACCUCGAGGACGAGAAGGAAUUCCAUCUCUUCCGCGAAUCCGACAUUCUUGCGAAACUCGAGGCCUAACUCUCUCCACCUAAUCAUAGGACAACAUUUCAAUUUUUUUUAACUGAACACUCGACCUCUUAAUUAGCGAAAAAAAACACGUUGAACCCCAGAAAUUGCCUGUUACUCAAUGCUUUUGAGUUGAGAUCACAGAGGGACGAAGUGAGUUCAUUGGAUAGACUAAAAAAUCAGAAAAAUCAUUAUGUUCUUCGUUUCUAAGUUCCUUAGAUGUUAGAAUAGAUUCCAUUGUUUCAUACAUAUUUCUAAAUAAUAAAAACUUUAUUCCGUAAUGAAUGAGUGAUACAUUCAUUGAGAAUUCCGAUUUAAUUGACAUUUUGUGAAAUAAAAUUAUAAAUAAGA